AUGCUCUAUGCUACAGCUCGAGGAGCAGACGCAGGCGCGCAAGACUGCCGCUCCCCGUCUCUUCCACACCACGGCGCGGCCUGCUCCACCACCGGCGACUCCAUCACCGACACCGCCCGCCGCGCAGCCGCCCCCAGGAUGGCGUCCCAGCCCCAACUACAAGGGGAAGAACCCUAUUUAUCGCCCGCCAAAGCACGGGGCGUCGGCUUCCUCCUCGUCUUCUGCACCUUCCCCUUCGGGUCCCGCGGCACCACCACCACCGUCAUCGACGCCUUCAUCACCAGCAUCUCCGGCAUGGCGUCCUUCUCCGGACCCAUGGACUUGGCUUGUUCAAGCCUGGCCCAUGCCCUGGACAGCGCCUUCCCCAUAUGGCGCUCCUCCUGCGUACAGUGGGGCUUGGGCGCCUGGUGUGCGCCCGUCUGUCGGUGCCCCCGGCCUCCUCGGCUCCAGGCCGCCGCCACACGCCUACACAGCUUAUGCGCCGUUGUACCAAUCUGCACCAGCUCCCACGGCAUCAUCCAUGAACCCCUACGACGCUCCUCCGCUCGCAACCUGGGACGUGGGUGGUCCCUCGGCGCAUCCAUCUUCCUCACCGUACCUGCCGACUGCCUCUACUUCCUCAUCGGCGCCGCCUACCUGGGAUCAAGCUGCUCUCAUUGCCGCUCUGAAUUCACUUACCACACAGGACACAGUUCUAGUUCUCGUGCACGAUUCAUCACCAGGGCUGAUCUGGAGAGAUUAGGUCACGUGUCGUGGGAGAACGGUGGUUUCAGCGUCCAAUUCGAUAUCAUCGUGUCCAAGGAGAGUUCCACUGAGUACGUCCCUGGCCGGAACCGUGAUCGCAUGCCGGUGCCGCCGCCGGAUAUCCUCCAUGAUCUCGGCCAGCUCCUCUCCUCGGGAGAAGGGGCGGACGUGACGUUCGAGGUCGGCGGUGAGAUCUUCGCCGCACACAGGUGUGUCCUUGCCGCUCGUUCCUCCGUCUUCAGGGCGGAGCUUCUGGGUCCAAUGAAGGAGAGCACAUCAAUGUGCAUGCAGAUAGAGGACAUGGAGCCAAAAAUAUUUCAGGCAUUGCUUCAUUUUAUCUACACCGAUUCGGUGCCUGAGAUCGACGAUGCUGACGCAGUGGGGAUGGUCCAGCAUUUGCUUGUCGCCGCGGACAGGUACAGCCUCAAGAGACUGAAGUUGACCUGCGAAGACAAACUAUGCAGUUACAUCAACACUAGCACAGUGGCCACUACAGUGGCACUCGCCGAGCAACAUGCUUGUCCUGCACUCAAGGAGGAAUGCUUCAGAUUCCUCGAGUCCUGUAACAAUAGCAUGCUGGAUCUGAUCACACGGAGUUCUGACUUUGAGCAUCUAGCAAGAAGUUGCCCGUCUAUUAUGAAGGAGCUUAUUCCCAAACUUGCUCGCAAACCCCCUUGUGUAAAAAAAUAUAGCAACAUGUAA